UAUACCUUGAGCACUUUCCCUCAGUUUCUCCCUCACACCCUUCAUUUUACACACUGCAGAAUCAUUCUCCUUUCUGCUGACACUUUAACUAGCUUUUCCUCAUGGCUCUCUUUAUCUUUGCUAUUUUAAUCUUGAUGGCCCCUUCAAGCAAUGCCUAUUGGCCACCUUCACCUGGCUACUGGCCAAGUUCCAAAUUCAGGUCUAUGAGUUUUUACAAAGGGUUUAGAAACCUCUGGGGCCCUCAGCACCAAAGUCUAGACCAAAAUGCAUUAACAAUCUGGCUUGAUAGAACCUCAGGAAGUGGCUUCAAGUCAGUAAAGCCAUUUCGAUCCGGGUACUUCGGUGCUUCCAUUAAGGUCCAACCUGGCUAUACUGCAGGAGUUAUAACAGCUUUCUAUCUCUCAAAUAAUGAAGCACAUCCUGGUUUCCAUGAUGAAGUGGACAUUGAGUUUCUUGGGACAACAUUUGGAAAGCCUUACACAUUGCAGACCAAUGUUUAUAUAAGAGGGAGUGGAGAUGGGAAAAUUAUAGGCAGAGAGAUGAAGUUCCAUCUCUGGUUUGAUCCUACCAAAGAUUUUCAUCACUAUGCUAUUCUCUGGAGUCCCAAGGAAAUAAUAUUCCUUGUGGAUGAUGUGCCCAUAAGGAGGUACCCGAGGAAGAGUGGUGCAACAUUUCCUCUGAGGCCAAUGUGGCUAUAUGGUUCAAUAUGGGAUGCAUCAUCAUGGGCAACUGAAGAUGGAAAGUACAAAGCUGAUUAUAAAUACCAACCUUUUGUGGCAAAGUAUACGAAUUUCAAGGCUAGUGGUUGCUCAGCCUAUGCUUCUCGUUGGUGCCAUCCAGUUUCAGCCUCACCAUAUAGGUCAGGUGGGUUGACUAGGCAACAAAACAGGGCCAUGAGAUGGGUGCAAAGAUACCACAUGGUUUAUAAUUAUUGUCAAGACCACAAGAGAGAUCACAGUUUAACACCUGAGUGUUGGCGUUGAGUACACUUAGCUUUUUGGUCCAAAAAACAAAAACACUGUUCUCUUGUGAUUUGUUUUGUUUUUCUCUUUCAGAAAGUUUCUUUUACUUUAAAGGAGUCACUUGAGAUGGGCCCCCCCGCAUUAUGCAAGUGUACGGGGUUGUGCGUCCAAGGCUCUCAAGACACGAGAAUAUUUGGAAGAUUGUGUGUUUUUCUUUUAGACAGAGAAAAAAAUGAAAGGAAUAAUAAUAAUAUUAUUAAUAUCUAUCUAUCUGUGUCCAAUGGAAAGCAAAGUGGCCACUGUGUAUGGGUCGGUGAAUGUGGCACUCAUACUGAAAUCACACUCUUCAUUUAAUAAUGUUGUUAUUGUCAUUUUGAUGAUGAAAACGAGAAGCUCUGUGUGUUUUGGGGA